CAAGGUGCGCGCGCAGUUUGCGUCGCAGAGCCUCGCGCAGGGACCACGACUCCCAGAGUGCUCCGCGCUCUCGCCGCUGUCAAGCAACAUGGCCGCUCGAGUCGCCGCCUUCCUCAAGAAAGCCUGGGCUCAGGAGCCGGUGCUGGUCGUGUCCUUCGCUAUCGGGAGCCUCGCUAUAAUUCUGCCCCCACUCAGCCCCUACACCAAAUACUCCGUCAUGGUCAACCAGGUCACGCCCUACAACUACCCAGUGCCCGUCCGAGAUGAUGGGAAUAUGCCUGAUGUGCCCAGCCACCCCCAGGACCCCCAGGGCCCCAGCCUGGAGUGGCUGAAGAAACUGUGAGCACUUCCUGCCACGGACAGGGAGGUGGCCCCCUCCCCUGGCCCCCAAUAAAAGUGUGAACGCCAAA